CUGUCAAAAAACAAAAAAUAAAAAAAAAACUGAAAAAAGAAAAAUAAUCAGCUUUCAACUUUAAAUUAUUUUUAUUUUUAUAAAUUUCUUUAAAACUCCUAAUAUUGUCCUCUCGAGUUAACUGUGAAAAUAAAAACGUUAAUCUUUUCAGUGCUAAGGAACUUUAAUUCUAAGUAAUGAAACCAUGGAAAAUCCAAAUAACUGCGUGAACAAAUUAUGCCUACUCGUCGCUAUUUGAGAGAAUAAAAACUUUUCUGUUUCUAUAAAAUUACGUCGUACGAAUUAAUGUGUAUAAAUAUUUAUAAAUUGAAGCAAAUAUAAAACAAGUGAAUUUCAACCAUCUCCGAGCAUCUACUCAAAACGGAAAAAGUGGCUGAGGCUUCUGAAGCUAGCUAGAAGUUGAUAAAAAUGAUGCUCUGUCAUUCUUAGAAAUUUCUGCUUAAAUUCGUAAAAACAAUUCUUCCAGCACAUAAACUAUAGUUGUUCGAAGUCCACGCAAUGGACAUACCCAGAUGCCGCAUUUGCGGAACCACGGAAUCCCUUUUGCGCUGUGCCAAAUGCAAAACCAUUUACUACUGUUCUACCAGCCACCAGCACAUGGAUUGGCCAUCUCAUAAGUUGAGUUGUCGUUAUUUGGCCAAAGAAAAACUACUCCAACAUCAGCAACAACAACAACAACAACAACAAUAUCAGCAACAGCAGCUGCAACAACAAAAACAGCUUCACGAACAACAACAUCCAAUGCAGAACAACAACAGACCCCUCAGCCAUCAAUCAAUAACACCAAACAAUGGAGGAGGAGAUGGUGUUGGGAACAUUGAAAACAUCGACAGUAGCCUGCAAUCAUUCGGAAUCGGUAUCGGAAGCAGUUUCGAUGAAAACAACUGGGCAAGCCUGUUCGAUUGUGAUAUUGACAGUAGCCUAGCUGGCAUUCUGGCUGGAAAUGCAGAUGGGAUAGAUAGUAGUUUUGGAGAAAUGACGAAUGGAGAAGCGAACCUGCUGGCCGGCGUAAAUGGAAUGUCCUUGGUGCUGGGCACCAACGAAGCCGAAAUAAUGAAUACUCAAGCGGAGAUCGUCUCACAGAGUUCCCAUUCGAAUAUGCGGAUAUUUGAUAACACGCUGGCUGGUGUUGGCAGUGGGAUUGGUAUUGGCGGCGGGAUAAGCAGUGGAAUGGGCAGUGGAGGUGAUAACGGAGCAUCAUACUACAUUGGACGAGGCGAUGAAAAUUAUCUUCUGCAAACAAACAACGGAGGAAAUGAACGGAACGAAGAACUAUGCCGGAAUAUAAUCAAUGAUAUGAAUACAUACGGACUAUCGGUUGUUGAUGAUUUCCUUGGAAGGGAAAAAGGUUUAAGAAUACUAAACGAAGUCCAUGGCAUGUACGAUGCUGGAGUUUUCAAGGAUGGUCAACUAGUGUCAUCGAACCAGAUGGCUGGACAAGAUUUACGAACAAUAAGAGGUGAUAAAAUAACAUGGGUAACAGGUGUUGAACCGCACUCUGUGAAUGUUGGAUAUCUCAUUAAUCAAAUUGACGCUCUCAUUACCCGCGCCAACGCAAUGCAAAAUAAUGGAAAAUUAGGAAAUUACACAAUAAGAGAAAGAACCAAGGCAAUGGUAGCAUGUUAUCCCGGGUAUGGUUCACAUUACGUGAUGCAUGUUGACAAUCCUAAUAAAGACGGAAGAGUGAUAACCGCAAUAUACUAUCUCAACAUAAAUUGGGACACGAUGCGAAGUGGUGGUGUUCUAAGAAUAUUUCCCGAACAAGGUGGUGGAUCAAUAGCAGAAAUUGAACCAAAAUUUGAUAGAUUAAUAUUUUUCUGGUCAGACAAACGGAACCCACAUGAAGUACAACCCGCACAUAGAACACGCUAUGCCAUAACCGUAUGGUAUUUCGAUGCCGAGGAGCGUGAGACGGCUCUCAAUCGUUGUAAACAAUAUAAAAAUAAAACAAUUAACAGCAACUCAACAACAAAAAGUAAAACAACAACAAACUCAACGACAAAUUCAAGUCCAAGUGAUAUUUGUACGUAACAAAGAAUUUCAAAAUGCCAUCGUACCUAGACACUCAAACGUAUAAAUAAUAAUAAUAAUUUAAUAAUUAAUAUAUCUCUUAUUUUAUAUACGAAAAUAUAUACAAAUAUUUUUAUUAUUUAGGUUAAUUAUUAUUUAAAACAAAAACAAGAAUCAAUUUAGUACAUAGAUAGGAUUACAUAGUAUUAUAUAUUAAAAUUAUGAUACGUCUCUUAUUUGAAUGAGAGCACUUGUUGAAGUAGUCAAAGCAAACUGAAUUCAAUUUGGCAAUAGGUCACUGAAAUAAAAAAACACGAGCAUGUUUAGUAUAUAUAGUAUAUUAUAUAUCUUUAAACUAAAAAAUCAUUAUUGUUUAUUGUGUGUUUGAUCAGUUUGAACUACAUUACCACACACAAAUAUUUUCAACCUUUUGUUUAUUGUUACUGCUGUUGAAAAUUGAAUGAAUGGAAAAUUGUUCUUACAAAUUUAUGAUUUAUUUGUUUUUUCUUUUGUUGCUUCUGCCGCUAGCAGAUUAAUUAGAAUAUUUUCUUAUAUGUUUCGGUAAAAAUAAAUGCUUAUCAAUCUACCUAUUAUUUUGUAGCUACUAAUUUAAGCAUUUGUAUUAUAUUGUAUUAUUAAAAAAAAAUAACAAUCUUAACAAUAAAAAAAAAAUCUAACUAAUAAUUUAUUAUUAAAA